GCGCCGCGGGAGGAAUUCCAGCCAUUUCCUCUGCGCCGCGCGGUAUGUGGCCUGCUCGCUGCCCGACCGCAGCGCGCCCGGGAGGUUGGGGCCGGGCGGCGCGGGCCAGUCACCAGCCGCGUCUGGCAGCUGCCCGGGCCCCGCUGUCCCGCUCAGGAUUCCCGGCCAGCCGCCCCUGUCCCGGGCCACCAAACCAGCCGUUCCAACAGCCCGGGCCUGCGCGACGCCCCCGGUUCCGUUCCUCUCCUCUCCUCUCCCCGCCCCGCGGGGCCGCUCUCUCCCCUUCUGUGUUUCCCCGCUGCGCCCCCUCCCAGCCCGCCGCCGGCCCUCUGGAGUCCCCAGAAUCUGAGUUUGAAACUGAAGUUGGCACUUGCUGCGUCACCUUCGGCCAGAGUCCCAAGGCCAAGAACAGCCCUUGCAGCAAGAUGUGCGCCCCUCAUUCCUCACAAACGCUACAGCCACAGACCGCAUAAAUCCAGAUGAGGAAGCCGGUACCCAGCUGGCAGAAGAGAGGUUUGAACUCAGGGAUCUGACUCCACUGGUCAUGACUUGAACUUCUGCUGGGGGAUAAUCAAUUCUGAUGGCCUUUCUGACCAUCAAUGGAAACAACUCCACCGCAGUCUUUAACUGCCUUUAACAACAAAGAAGACAUUCCUGCAACACUCACCUGCACCUAGCAGAUCUGAGUGCAACCUCAUUAAACUGAGUGGCCUCAGGGGACCAACUCCAAGACCCCAGUGAAUGGAGGAACAAACUGUCCAUAGAAAUAAGAUUCUAAAUGGACUGGAUAUAAGUCACCAAGGUCAGGGUCAGCCCUGGACCAGCCCUUCUUGUGUGAUUUCAGGACCACAUGGAGGCCCAAGUGGCCUUUUUACUAAAAAUCAACCGUUAAAGAA